UAGGAGUGGCUGCAGUUGACACAGCAAGAACCAGAACUCAUUACAGAAAGCACGUCUGGGCAUACCAGGGUGGACCUCUGCGGCUGGAUUCUGUGCAAAAAUGCGUGAAAUUGUGCACAUACAGAUCGGCCAGUGUGGGAACCAAAUUGGAGCAAAGUUCUGGGAAGUUAUAAGCGAUGAACAGGGAAUUGAUACUGGCGGAAACUAUCGUGGUGACUCAUCGCUGCAGUUGGAGAGGGUCAACGUGUAUUUCAAUGAAGCCUAUUCUCAGAAAUAUGUCCCCCGGGCUAUCCUGGUGGAUCUGGAACCUGGUACCAUGGACAGCGUGAGAUCCAGCAAAAUUGGUCCACUCUUUCGGCCUGAUAACUUUAUUCACGGAAAUUCAGGUGCGGGUAACAACUGGGCGAAAGGUCACUACACCGAGGGGGCCGAGUUGAUUGAAAGUGUCAUGGAUAUUGUGAGAAAUGAAUGUGAAGGAUGCGACUGCCUGCAGGGUUUCCAGCUCGUCCAUUCCCUCGGCGGAGGAACAGGGUCCGGAAUGGGCACCCUUCUGAUGAACAAGAUCAGAGAAGAAUAUCCUGAUAGGAUCAUGAACACCUUCAGUGUCGUCCCCUCACCAAAAGUAUCGGACACUGUGGUGGAGCCGUACAACGCCAUCUUGUCCAUCCACCAGCUGAUAGAGAACACAGAUGAAACCUUCUGCUUUGAUAACGAAGCUCUGUACGACAUAUGCUUUAGGACUCUGAAACUCUCCAGCCCCACCUACGGGGAUCUCAACCAUUUAGUGUCCCUCACUAUGAGCGGAGUAACCACUUCCCUCCGUUUUCCUGGCCAGCUUAAUGCAGAUUUGAGGAAACUCGCGGUCAACAUGGUGCCGUUCCCCCGACUUCACUUCUUCAUGCCAGGCUUCGCUCCGCUAACAGCCCGAGGGAGUCAACAAUACAGAGCUCUUUCCGUUCCAGAGCUCACCCAACAGAUGUUUGAUGCCCGGAACAUGAUGGCAGCCUGUGACCCACGCCACGGGAGGUAUUUAACCGUGGCAUGUAUCUUCAGAGGUCAGAUGUCCACCAAGGAGGUGGAUGAACAGCUGUUGUCCAUACAGACCAAGAACAGCAGCCAUUUUGUGGAGUGGAUCCCCAACAACGUCAAAGUGGCGGUGUGCGACAUUCCGCCCCGUGGCCUGAAGAUGGCGGCCACUUUCAUUGGAAAUAACACAGCCAUACAACAGCUCUUCAGCAGAGUCUCUGAGCAGUUCUCGGUGAUGUUCAAGAGGAAAGCAUUUCUCCACUGGUAUACCGGUGAAGGGAUGGAUGAGAUGGAGUUUUCAGAAGCAGAAGGCAACACCAAUGACUUGGUAUCUGAGUACCAGCAAUACCAAGAUGCGGCGGUAGAUGUAGAAGAAUACGAGGAGGUAGAAGUGGAAGUGGAAGACGGCCAAGAAGAAAAAGAAUUUUAGAAGUAACUGUAAUGUUAGAACACUAUUUUGAAAUGCAUGAUGUCUGCAAUCAGCAAAGAGGCCGAAUUGGCCUGUGUUUUUCAGGGAACUCCAAAUAUUGUAAUAGCAAAGGAUGGAGCAAUCCUGUUUAUGCAUUAAACCAUCCGACCAUGCUGUUGGCUCCAAAAAUUAGAACUGAUUAUAUUACUUUUGCUUCAUUAACUACUUCUGAUGAGUCAAAGCAGUUAGGAUCUCUUCUACCUUAGUGCCCACCCCAAAUUCAUAAUAAGGCCAGUCAGUUUGGAAAAAUUAUAAACAUGCUGAAUUAAAAGGACAUAGAUAUGUG